CGUCAUCAAACAGCUAUUGGUCGCAGGACCAAAAUGCUAUUUCAUGUGCGUGGUCUCGACAAGAGAGACCAGUGAUUACCGAUUACCCGUCUAUAUAGCCGUCGUGGUGGCGGGCAUUCGAAAUCAUUGAUAUGCGGCAUGGGUCCGCUAGAUCCCCGUCAUCAUUCAAACCUACGUUAAGAGUGACAGGCAGGCAGGCAGGAGCGGAUUAGAGGGACCGAUUGUCGGACAUGACCACUGAUGCCUCUUCGGGCGUCGAGACCGACCCGCUUUUGGUGUUCGGGUAUGGCUGCCAGAUCUUCCGGGAUGAUGUCCGAGCCCUGGCCAUGGAACGUGGGGAUCACCUGAUCCCUUGGAUGGGACACGCGGAGCUACCUAUCGAUCGAUACGACGGACGAGGCGCGUUAUCCGACCUCAAAAUCCACGAAGCCCGCAGCGGUCGCGAGGGAUUCGAUCCCUGGACGGGUUUGAGCCCGGAUCAGGUCCAAGAAGAGCGGCAAGCCGAAAGCCAACGAUAUCUGGCCUUGUUUGAGGACGAGUUGGCCGUGAACGGCGAUAAAGCCAGCGAGGCGGGGGGCGGGGCGGCCGUGCCCUUUGAUUAUGAUCAGGCUGUCCCGGCCCAACCGGCCGUCCAGAGCCGGGUUCAGCCCACUUUGCGGCAGUUAGCCAAUUGCAUUGAGAAGACUUCCGAGUUUAUCGUGAAGCAAGGCGCGCAAAUGGAAAUCUUGAUGCGGGCUAAAGAGGCCAACAAUCCGUUAUUCCAGUUCCUGAAUCCCGAGAACCCCUACCAUGCCAUCUAUAAGGAGGUGUUCACCAAAAAGAAGAACCGACCCAAGAAUUAUGUGGCUAAUCAAGUCUUGAUGGAACAAUCCAGUUUAGAGGUCGAGGAAUCCCUCAAGAUCCUGUUCAGUCGCCUCAAUUCGGCUCCGGGUCUGAAUCCUACUCCGACCUCCUCGUCCAGCUCGACCAACGCUUACUCGCAGUUAGUGGAUCGGAUCCGCGUCAACCAAGCCCCGCCCUCGCAGCCCGUCCCGCCCCAAGCCCAACCGCCGCCCGCCCAACCCGUGCCCAAAGUGGCCGUUCCGCCUCCGGUCUCGUCCGAGCACAUCGUGGAGGUGGUGCCCCCGCCCAUUUCGCUCCAACCUUUGAUCGAUCGAACCGCGUAUUACGUGACGAAAAACGGUUCGGAGGCGUUGAACGUGGUCAAGAAGCGCGAACCUGGGAAGUUCUCGUUCCUGAACCCCUCGGACAAAUAUCACCUGUUCUUUCAAUAUAAAGUGGCCUUGUACAAGGAGAUGGUGGCGGCGGGUUACAGUGGGCCCACUCAACGCGGCUCGGCUCUUCUCAAAAAUAACGGGUCUACUUCCUCGGGAGCCGGCUCCGAUCAGAGUUUUGAGCAAGUCACCUCCAAAUUUCCCUCGCUCAAGGGAUUCUUUCGAUGAUCAUAAUAAUAACAAUAAUAAGCCACA